UAAAUAAAUAGAGAAAAAAAAAAUUUUUCCUCAGUAUACACACAUCACCAUAACAAAAUUUUUAAUUUUAAAACAGUCAAGCCUAAACCACUGGAACUACUGGAUCAUUUAAUAGAAUACAUUAAGAUUAUCGCGCGAGCUAAACGCAAAUGCUUUAAUGCGAAUGGAUUAGUUUUGUUGCUGUUGUUGUCAUUGUAUAAUAACAACGAUAAAUAUUUAUGUGCUUUUUUAUAUAUUGUGAGUGUGUGCUAUAUCUACUGGCUUUAUUCAUUUUUUAAUUUGGCUUUAAAAAAAGACAGCCAGCCAGCCAGCCAGCCAGUCAGCCAUCCAGCCAGCCAAUAAAUUCCCAUCAUGUUCAAGUGCAUUCCAAUAUUUAAGGGCUGUAAUCGCCAAGUUGAGUUCGUCGAUAAACGUCAUUGCUCGUUACCCAGUGUUCCUGAAGAAAUUUUACGUUACACACGCACAUUGGAAGAAUUAUUUCUAGAUUCAAAUCACAUAAGGGAUUUACCGAAGAACUUCUUCAGAUUACAUCGUUUACGCAAACUGGGCCUAAGUGACAAUGAAAUUGGCCGCCUACCGCCAGAUAUACAACAUUUUGAAAAUCUAGUGGAAUUAGAUGUUUCCAGAAACGAUAUUCCAGACAUUCCUGAUGACAUCAAACACUUAAAAAGUCUACAAGUGGCUGAUUUCAGUUCAAAUCCAAUUCCAAAAUUACCUGCAGGUUUCUCGCAAUUAAAAAAUUUAACAGUUUUAGGUUUAAAUGAUAUGUCGUUAACCACAUUACCAGCAGACUUUGGAUGUUUAACGCAAUUAGAAUCUUUAGAGUUACGCGAGAAUUUAUUAAAACAUUUGCCAGAGUCUAUAAGUAAAUUAACAAAACUGAAACGCCUUGAUUUGGGCGAUAACGAAAUCGAAGAACUGCCACCAUAUUUGGGUUAUUUGCCCGGUCUACAAGAAUUAUGGUUAGAUCAUAAUCAAUUGCAAAAAUUACCACCAGAAAUCGGUCUCUUGACUAAUCUAACAUAUCUCGACGUAUCAGAGAAUAGAUUGGAAGAAAUUCCAAAUGAAAUUAGCGGAUUAAUUAAUUUAACAGAUUUAGAUUUAGCACAAAAUCUAUUGGAAUAUUUGCCAGAUGGUUUGGCGAAAUUAAGUCGUUUAACGAUAUUAAAAUUGGACCAAAAUCGUUUACAAAGACUAAAUACAAAUAUAGGAGACUGUGACAGUAUGCAAGAGCUUAUACUCACUGAAAAUUUUCUCUCCGAAUUGCCGGCUUCUAUUGGCCGAAUGACCAAAUUAAGUAACUUGAACGUAGAUCGUAAUGCCCUUGAGAGCUUGCCAAUUGAAAUUGGAAAUUGUGCAAAUUUGGGUGUUUUGAGUUUGCGUGACAAUAAGUUGAAAAAAUUGCCACCAGAAUUGGGUAAUUGCGGUGUAUUGCAUGUGCUCGACGUGUCGGGCAAUCAAUUGCAGUAUCUUCCCUACUCUUUAGUUAAUUUGCAAUUGAAGGCCGUCUGGUUGUCAGAGAAUCAGGCACAACCAUUACUAACAUUUCAGCCAGAUACUGAUGAAGCAACAGGUGAACAGGUGCUGACGUGCUUCUUACUGCCACAGCAAGAAUAUCAACCUAUAACACCCGAUUUCCCACCGGGUCAACUUUAUAGAUCGAGUGAGAGAUUUGAUUCGUCGGAAUUCCAUAAUUAUCAACAACAAGCUCGUGAACAGGAAACCGAUUCGGAGGAUUGGGACUCAAGAACACAUUCGGUAAGAUUUUCGGAUGUACCAGCGCAAGAUAAGGAUACGCCAUUCAUCCGCCAGAAUACGCCACAUCCCAAGGAAUUGAAAGCCAAAGCUCAAAAGCUCUUGGCUAAGAGCCGUCAUGAGGAUACAUCGUCCAAUUUGGAUACAUUAAAUGAGGAGAAGCUCAGGCAAGAAGUGGAAUUAAACUCCACAACAGUGGAGAGUUUAGCGAUGACACAUCCCACCAGCGGGGAUGUUGACUUGGGAAACGCAGUACUGCAAGUUAAUUCCGAAUUACCGUUGCAGCAACAGCAGCAGCAUUUAGCGAUGGCACAAACCUCACAAAAACAACAAGAGCUCUCUAGCGAAAAUUUUGGAGAAGAAAAGUUUCAACAAUCACCAACGCCAGGACAAGUUGAAAAUGUUUUUCCCAAUCUAAUAAAUAACAAUAAAGAUGAUAAUGAGGAAAAUGAGGAUGAUGAUGAUUAUGAUGAAUCUGAUCGUCAUGUUGGCUUUCAAGUUGCAGGUAAUGAAGAUGACGAUGACUUCCAUAAAAGGCCACCCAAAUUGCACAGACGGGAUACUCCUCAUCAUUUAAAAAAUAAACGCGUUCAACAUAAUCUUAGUGAUAAAAAAGCUCAUGAAAUUUUAGCGAAUGCUUUACAUCAGGAGAAGAAAUAUCAACAAUUAUCUACUGUGCAAUCACCGAUUGCUGAAAAUCCAGCUGCUGAACAAUAUGAACAACAGCAGGAUCAACAAAAUAACAGUGAAGAACGACAUUUAUUUGAAUCUUCCUUAUCACCUAUACCACCAAUAACAGCUAUUCUGCAGCCAUCUGCUUCUCAACCAGCAGUGGUGGCAGGUAACUUGGUAGAGGAUGCCAUCGAUGGUAUUACGGAAUUGCGUUUGGAGCAAUAUGAAAUUCACAUUGAACGCACUUCGGCCGGUCUUGGCUUAAGUAUUGCCGGUGGCAAGGGAUCGACGCCUUUUAAAGGUGAUGAUGAGGGUAUUUUUAUAUCACGUGUCACCGAAGGUGGUCCAGCGGAUAUGGCCGGCUUAAAAGUGGGCGAUAAAGUGCUUAAAGUUAACGGUAUUUCGGUAGUCGACGCUGAUCACUAUCAGGCUGUGCAAGUGUUGAAGGCUUGCGGUUCAGUUUUGGUUUUGGUAGUAGAGCGUGAAGUGACACGUUUAAUUGGCCAUCCGGUGUUCAGUGAAGAUGGCUCUUUGUCGCAGAUAUCUGUGGAAGCACGUCCUUUGCCUAUACAAAUUCAACAACAACAACAACAACAACAACAGCAGCAACAGCAUCAACAUUCAACUCAUGAGAAAGCCAUUCCACCCCCCAUAGAAAUUCCCGCAGAUAGUCAACAUCAAAUUCAACAACAGCACAAUCUCCAAAACUAUCAGGCAAAUGUAUUUACUACACCAGCAACAGUGGCUACGGCAACAGCAGCAACAACAGCGAUGACACUUCAAGACCAACAACCACAUGCAACAUCAACAAAUGGGAUUGUCGAAAAUUCCAAGGAUGCAUUGCUAAGCUAUAUAACAUUGCACACAACAUUGAUACGCGAUCAAAUUGGCCAGGGUUUGGGUUUUAGCAUUGCCGGGGGCCGUGGUUCACCUCCGUACAAGGAUGGCUGUGAUGGAAUAUUUAUUUCACGCAUAACUGAAGGUGGUUUAGCACAUCGCGAUGGUAAAAUUACGGUGGGAGACCGCGUAAUGGCAAUCAAUGGCAAUGACAUGACAAAUGCCCAGCAUGAUGCAGCUGUUCAGUGCCUAACGGAACCUCAACGCUUUGUACGAUUGGUACUGCAACGUAUUUAUCGUGGACCAUUAGAUGCACCUUUAAGCCCUCAUAGUCCGGCUGUAUUAAAUUCAUUAAGUCCUUCAGGUUAUUUAGCCAACAGACCGGUGAAUUUUAAGCGUUCGAUUGGUGAUAUCAUAGGAGAGCAACAGCUAUCAACUCCAACCAAGUACACAACACAACCAAUUAGUUCUUAUGAUACAAACAAACCGUUGUCGGUAAUGACAACAUCUACAGCAACAGUAACGGUAUCACAACAACCUACGAGUACUGUUUCUUCGGCCAAAUUAAAUGGUUUUGCCAACACAAGUGCUUAUUCCCAGCCUACACAACAACAGCAGCAGCAGCAGCAGCAGCAGCAGAUAUCAGCGCCGGUAGCAUCAACAAUAAUGCCACAGAUUGAUAAAUUAACCGGUCAACCAGUGCCAGCUCCUAGGCGUUCUAAUUCUGUGCCUCAAAAUGAUGGAGUAGGCAAUGAAACUGGCAUUGCUGCAACCACCUCACAUAACGGUAAAAUACCUCAUGCUGAUGCCAAAAUAGGCAUUACCAGUACGCCUUCCAAUACAGCGCCUGCUACCGAUACCACCGAAGCUCAGCAGCAAUCGUCAUCAUUGAGACCUUUAACCAGUGAGGAUUUCCAAGCAAUGAUACCUGCACAUUUCCUAAGCGGAGGAAGUCAGCAUCAAGUGCAUGUCGCUCGGCCAAAUGAAGUCGGUGUAGGUCCAUCCGUUACAGUAACGGUUAAUAAGGCUGUGCCUGAUUUGCCAAUGUUCCCAGCUGCACCCACCGAAUUGGGACGAAUCACCGAAACAAUAACUAAAUCAACAUUUACGGAAACAGUAAUGACUCGAGUCACCGAUAAUCAUUUAGCGGAACCUUUAAUAAGUGAGGAAGUUAUUUUACCUAAAAAUCAAGGAUCUUUGGGUUUCAGUAUUAUUGGAGGUACCGAUCAUUCUUGUGUACCUUUUGGAGCUCGACAGCCUGGCAUAUUUAUAUCGCAUGUUGUUCCGGGUGGUAUUGCCUCUAAGUGCGGCAAAUUACGUAUGGGAGACCGCAUUUUGAAAGUCAAUGAAGUCGACGUGUCACGGGCAACGCAUCAAGAAGCUGUAAUGGAAUUAUUAAAACCGGGUAAUGAAAUCAAAUUGACAAUACAACACGAUCCAUUGCCCGCUGGUUUUCAGGAAAUUAUCAUCAGCAAAGCUGAUGGAGAACGCCUGGGCAUGCACAUUAAGGGCGGUCUUAAUGGCCAGCGUGGCAAUCCUGUUGAUCCUACAGAUGAGGGUGUAUUUGUAUCUAAAAUUAAUUCGGUUGGUGCGGCACGACGUGAUGGAAGGCUUAAGGUUGGUAUGCGUUUACUGGAGGUUAAUGGUAAUUCACUGCUCGGUGCCACACAUCAAGAUGCUGUUAAUACUUUAAGGACUGCUGGCAAUGAAAUUCAUUUGGUUGUUUGUAAAGGAUACGAUAAAUCCAAUUUGAUUCAUUCCAUUGGUACGGCCGGAGGCAUGAGUACCGGUUACAGUAGACAUGGAUCGCGUGCUUCUGAAACUGGUUCAGAGUUAAGUCAGAGCCAAAGUACUUCCAGUUUAGAUCGUGAAGAUGACGAACGUCUUAGACAAGAUUUUGAAGUUUUUGCAUCAAAAGCUGAAAUGAAUAAUGAACACACAGCCGCACAAGUGACGCCGUCUACACUGGCUGCAGUAGCUGCCUUGGCACACCCAUCAACCUCAACAACAGCAACAACAGCAAGCGCAAACUUGAAAUCGACCCCGCAAACGGCAGAAUUGCAUCAAACGCCUCCACACUCAACUCAUGAGCCAGUUGUGGCUCUGACUGAACAUCCUGAACAAUCCUUGACGGCUACGUCUAAAGAGAAGAGUACGCCUGAAAAAGUGUUGGAAAUUGUUCGAGCGGCCGAUGCUUUUACAUCAGUUCCUCCGAAAUCACCGUUAGAACAUCACGAUCAGGAUAAAAUUCAAAAGACGACAACAGUCGUUAUAUCCAAGCAUACUUUGGAUACGAAUCCUUCGCCACAACAGACUGGAAUGCCGUUAGCGACAGUGUCAACUACAUUACCCGCAACUGUACAGCCACCGUCUUCUCUCUCAACCAAUCAGGCGCCAUCAUUGCAACAGGAGUUAAAACGUAAUGAGGUUAUAGCCAAACGUCCAGUUAAUAAAAAAUACGAAUAUGAAGAUACCUGUGCGAUUCAAAAGAUACCAAAGAAAGAAAGCCAUGAGAAGACGAACGAUAAUUUAAAAAUACAGCCAGUUUAUAUAAUUGAUGAUGAAUACAAUGAUGAUGAUGAUGAUGAUGAUGAUGAUGAUGAUGAUGAUGAUCAAGGUAAUUUUUCAUCCGAAACGUUUCGAGCUGAUACUCACUCGAGACCGCAUUACGGGAGCGACUCCGAAAGCGAAUCAAGCAAAGCUAAAGUACAAACGGCCUCUGGAUUUAGCACGCCCGAUAUUUCUUCCUAUGGAGGCCAGCAUCGCAAAUCUGUUAGUUUCGAUUUAAGCGGCGAUGAACGUUCCAAAUCCGAUUACGAAUAUUCUACACGUUGUUACGAUUCAGAACAUGAAUAUAAAACGAAAUCACGUAACCGAUUACCUCGAAAGGGUAUUUUACGUUCAUCGAGUCCAUCCCCAAGUAAUAAUGCUACUUUGGAAAAAAUACGACCUGACAAAUUACCUUCUAUAGUGCCUGCAGUAGCCAGAAUCCGAGAAAUUGAUUCUCCUCCUAUUCAAUAUACCACAUCAAGGUCAACGUCAUCGAGUGCCAGUAGCGGCGGUUAUCGUAGUCCGCCGCCGGAACCCGAGAAAAUUCUGGUUUCAAGCGAAAUUGAAAGAGAAAAUCCAUUCCGUCAGGCAUUUUUGGAUAAAAGCCAAAAUGACGAUGAAUAUACAGAAAUAGCGAAAGCCAUUUCAAAACUGAGGGCAUUUAAUAAAAGUCCAAAAUCAAGCUGGAAAUCCAAUGAAGAUCUUUUAUCAUCCGAGCGCGUUAGUGAUCGCGAGACUCCGAACACAGUUAUAAGUCAACAAUCAAAAUCAACCGAAAAUCUUUUGACCACAUUGAAAAAGCCAAAAGCACCGCCACCCAUUUUACCAAAACCUAAAGUUAAGACGGCCGAUUUAAUGCGUAAUUUCGCGUUGGACUCAUUCCAAAAUGCUGAUGUAGGUCAUGGUGACUUUGCUGUUUUUGAACACGAUCCAAAUACGAAUACUAUACACGAAGUUUCGAACCAAACUGCAUCAAGUUCGACUGCCGCUGUGAGUCCGAAGUUGCCAGUCCGCGUUAAAAUGCCACGAAGUCCUGUCAGGCCGCGCGAAAGUCCACCACCGCCACCAAUUAAUUAUGCUACCAUGCCCAAAAUAUUGCCCACGACCUCAAUCAUUGGAUUACAGGAGGGGCCGGAAUAUUUAGAAGUGCUUCCACCAUUGCCCGCAACGCCAUCUCUGCGCGCAUCCCACACACUAGAAGAGAUUCCACCCUCUCAACGAAGGCCAUCCGAUUUUAUCCAUGAAAAUUCACCAGAUAAUAUUUUAGUAAGUGAAGAUGAACAUCGAAAUAUUUUACUUAAGGAAAAUCAAUUGCGAAAUCAGUUACGCAAGCCGAGCAGCAAAUCGACAUAUACACAACUUACGACUGAAAUGGGAGCGCCAAAACAGCCGGCACCACCGAUACCCGGCAAGAGCUUCAAAGAUUCGGUAAAUUCCUUGAUAUAUUUUAGAGAUGGUCAAAAUUUACCGUUGCCGCUUGCACUAAACCCAAAAGCCCAAUCCUACCUUCCUUCGUCAAACUCUCUUAAAUGUGAAAAUCAUUCAAUUUGUGAUAGUAAUCUUGUACGUUCAAGUCCUUCAACUAACCAAGAUUCUAUCUUUUCUCAUGCUGACCAGACGCGUUUGGAUUUACCCUUGCCUUCGGCAGCAAAAGUCAUAACCCCAGUUCAAGAACUCUUUUCACCCACUCAAAUAUUUCCCACAGCUAAAAUUCUACCUGUGCAAUAUGCCAAUCUUCCUAAACCUCAACAUCCAAUAACCACUUAUCCCUCCUUUACAAUGGAACAGGGUUCUGCGUUGCUGCCCAGGGUCGUUCACGCUGGAACAUCCAUUGCCGGAACGGAACUAGCGUAUAAUGAACAACAUCAAACGCCUAAGUUGCAAUGCCGGCAGCAGCGUACAGUGGUGUCCCCAUCGGAAAUGGAAACAGUAACAAUGACUCGAACAAAGUUACCGAAAUCAGUAUCGGAUAAAAAGCGAUUUUUCGAAUCUGCCAUGGAAGAGCAACACAAGCCCGCACAAAAAACAGAAAAAGUUUUUUCGUUCUUGUCCAAGGAUGAAAUAGAAAAGCUGAGACAAGAGGAAGAACGUAAAAUAGCAACAUUAUGUCGCGAUAAGGAAUCCCGAUUAUUCGAUAGUACCAAUAAUGAAAAAACUGACAAGCAAACAAGCGACGAUGAAAGCAACUAUGUUCGUCAAAGUAUUGUUCACGAUGACGACGAUGAUGACGAUGACAAUGGCGGUGUUGAUGAUGUUGGUUAUGUAAAUGAGGACGAAAUAGAUGUGCGUCAGCGGAAACAUAAUGGCAGUUAUAAUGAUAAUGAACGAGUUGUGGAGGAAGAUGGUAACAUUGUAAGCAGUACUGUUCAAGUUUUGCGUGAAACUUAUAUCGAUCAUCAGUGCACAGGUGAUGAAGCCGAAGAUAUAAGUAGAACCGUAAGUUUGGCCAAAAAUAUUACAUCGAAUGUUGUUGGUGCUAUUGAGGAUAGUGAAAAGACAAAAAGUUUAAAAAGUAUGAAAGCAGCAGAAUUUAAGGAAAUGCAAACAACAAAAGACCUUAAAGAAAGUGAAGAAAUUAAACAUGAAAUUGCAUCGUUGUCAUGGUUAACGUCAUCCUUGCCGCAGUCACCGCCUUUGGUAUUAUUAUCAUCAAAAGCUAAAGAAUCGUCAACGCAAGCAACACAAGUCAGCUCAGAGGCGACGACUAUUGUUAAGAAACCUUCACUAUUACCAAAACCGAAAGUUAAAGUUAUAAUACCACCACCAGUCCUCUUACAAAUGCAACAGCAACAGCAGCAACAAUCAGAUAGUAAUAUUGAUGUUGUUCCUUCACUAAUGGCAUCAACGCCAACGACCGCAUCAACUAGUCGUAUACCGGUGCGUACCGCAAAUGGUGAGAAACGCGCCGUGCAAGUUGCUUUCUCCGAAGAGUUUACUUCCUCUCCCAUCAUCACUGAGUCAGAUGCUAUCAAAAGCAAAGCUAUGAUAAAUGCCGAGAAACGUGCCUCGUGGCGAGCGGCUCGUUUGCGUUCUUUGGAAAAGGGCGCCGUUGAAGCUCAAGCUGUUAUACAAAACAUGACCAAAAUUGCGGAUGAUUUAUUAACUGAUACUCCUCAACCGGAGCAGGCGAAAAGAAUUGUUUUUCCAAAAAUUGCCAUAAAAUCUAGUGACGGUCCAGUGAUAAUACGUGAACGUGAAAAAAUACUUGACGAAAAGAUCGUACGACGUACGGAAGAGGUUCCGUGUCCCAUAACGGGGCGACCUCAAUUACGUACAGUCGAGUAUAUCGAGAAGAUCAUCGAAACAGAGGUGGAAACAAGUCGGGAGAAAAUAAUCUCAUUAGAGUUGCAAGACCCCGAAAAAGCUGAUACACCACAAACAUCCUUGUUAGCAGACGUGCGAGACAGUUAUAUCGCAAGUGGCAAAGAAGCAAACGAUAGACGAACAAUUCGGGUAGAUGAUGAUGAUGAUGAUGAUGAUGAUGAUAAGGGUUUACCCAAAUAUUAUGUAGAUAUCGCCGCGGAGAGAAAGCUAAAGUUGCAAAUUGACGACGAAGAGGAAGGGGAUGAAGAAAUAGAUGCAGCUUCGAUUGUAACUGUACAAGCAAACACUGAAAAGUUAUUCUUACGUACAGAUGACGAUGAAUUGCCAUCGAUUGAGGUCGUCAGCAGUAAAAGCACUAAUAGCGAUUUAUACGAUGUCGGCCGCUCUGCCUUGAAUAGUGUGGCUUCCUCAAGUUGCGUAAGCAUUAAGCCAGCGCUUAUUAGUAUGCACCAAACUUUGGCCAAAGAAGUUUUGAUACCAAUAGUUACUACCGCGGUGAGUACAACAAACACAACAACGGGGCGAACGAGCUCAAUGGUUGUUACAACACCUGUCACGACAAGUUUCAAUGCGACUCAACGCAUCGUUGAGGUAGUAAAUCCCAUAAUCGCGGGUGACGGUCAGGUUCAGAGCAUCAUUGUUAGUCGUUCUGAGCACAGUGAAUAUCCCUCUUUCGAUAGGGAUGAAGAGGAGGUAAUGACUACCGCCUCGCCACACAUUUUGCGUAGCGAAACUUUUGUGCUACCAAGUAGCAAUGUUCAGGCAAAGCAAUGCGACGAACUUUCACUUAAUGCCAAGAUGAAGAAUGUGUUAGAGGAGCUAUUAGAAAAUGAACGUGUCAAAUAUAAUUUACAAAAAAGUCUUGAACAAGAUGAGGAUGAGGACAACGAAGACGACGAUAGUUGCGAGAAGGGUAGCGGGGACGAGACAAAUGCAUUACAUAUAAGCAAAGAUGAAAUUGACUUUGGGGUCAGGACAGAAUUCAAAGGAUUAAGUGCUAAACAGGAGCAAUCAUCUCAAGACAACAACGGCAAUCAGGAGAGGAUUUUAAAUGAAUUAAUGAGAGAUAGCAAUAAGAACACGAUUAGAAAAUUGGCUGCAAAAUUAAGUGACAAUAAUGAUAGCGAUGAUAAUGUGGGUGACGAUGAUGAUGCUGGCGAUGAUGUUAAAGCGGUAGAAGAGGAAGAUGAAGAAGAAUCUGAAGAUUCAGAUGAUAGUGAAACAACCGAUGAUGAUGACGAUGAUGAUGAUGAUGAUGACGAGGAUGAUGAUGAAGAUGAUGACGACGAUGAUGAGGGGGAAACAAUUCAUGUAUCGUUCGUUGACGGUGCCAAAGUUAUAGAAAAUUUAAACAUAAACACUUCGUUAAAAUUGCAAAAAUCACAAACUUACACAAGCAUUAAAGAAGCUGCUUGUGAAGAAGAAGCAGAAGAAGAAGUUAUAAUAACAACACCAGCAACAGUAAUAGAAAGAGGAAAAACAACAACAACUACGACGACAACGACAACGACAACAAGAGAAUUAACAAAUAGAAAGGUGUACGAUGACAACGACAACGACAACGAUAAAAAUAUAACACUCGAACAUCUUUUGGCUGAACAAAAGAAAUAUGAAGAAAUUGCUAAGCAAUUACGAAAAUCCGUUGAAAGUCUUCUAAUAGAUGAUGGUGAUAAUGAUGAUGUCAUUACGGCCCAUGAUAAAGAAAUUAAGACCACCCCCACUGCCACUACAACACAAAAAGCACUAAAUAAAAAAUUAGCGGAAACAACCAGCCCAACGUUGUCGAAGAAGAAACAAACCGAAGAAACAGGUGAAGAGAUAUUCAAUCGCUUGCUAAAUGCAGGCAAUUCACAUAAGCAGAUAUUUGAUCAAGAAACUGAUGAAACACUAACAACAUCAACUACCAGCUAUACAGAUGAAAGUGGGUCGAAUAUUAUUAUAACCACAACAUCCACAAGUAUAUCAAAUAUAGUAACUAGCGGCAUACCUCGCUCUACAAAGGUAACGGAGAAGGUAGUUAAAACCACGUCCGCAAACACUGGCACGAACAAUAAACAGAGUGAUAAUGAUGAAGAGUCAUCAGCUUAAAUCAUUACCAAAAUGGUGGGUUACCGUGAAUUUCGCGGUUACGUUGCGUUGCAGCAUUUAUGUGUGUGUAUGUGUGUAUACAUAUUAUUAUGUAUGCAUUUUUGAAGGCAGAGUUAAUGUUUUCUUAGUUUUUAGUUGCAAACAGAGAAAAACCUGCAAUUUUUUUGGUGAUAAUAAAAAAAAGAUGGCCGCAGCUACAAGCAAAUGAGGUAAAUAAACGUUACGUUAAAAAUUACGCGGUGCAUAGUUGAUAAUUAAUUAUGCGGCAAUUUGUAUAAAAAGCUAAAAGGGGAGACAACAGGUGUAAAAGUUCUCUAGAAAAAAAAUACAAAAAUAAGAAGUAAGUAAGAAAUCAAGAAAAAAUUUAUAUCAUGCGGUUAAUUGUUCAUAAAAAAUUCGAGUUUUUAUGCCCAAUUAUAAAUAAAUAGUUUUUUUUUUUUACCUUGAACGUUGAUCGUAGGGAUUCUAAUAUGAUACGAAAAGUUUAGGUAAGGCAUUUCAAAUUUUCAAACCACUAACCGUUAAUGAAUUCCCAUCCAAUCUAAACAAAUUCGUGACUAGCGUUUGUAGAAAUUAUGUUAAACUAUCAUUCGCAGAGAAGCAAUUUGAGAGAGCCCUUGUCAUUGUACAUAAAACAUUAAAUUAGUUAAAACCGCUUAAAAAACACUGAAGUGAGCCACAAUCCACCAAUAAAUACCCUACAUCACUCUACAGUUACUCAUAUAAAGACUUUUCCAAAUUGAAUAUCGUAUGGGAAAUGCUUCAAAAAGUGGUCCAAUCCGAAACAUUUUCAAUAGUGUUCGUUGUUUGGCUAUGUAGCAAAUUCCUUCCAAAUACCUCAAAUAUUGCGGCCUGUGGAUUGAACAGUACAAGACGGUCAGGCAACAUAUAAUAAACAGUUAAUCUAUCGCAGCUAUUUUUGUGUUACAAACGUUCGCUCAAACUUACCAUAGCUUUAUACUACAAGUCGUGUAGGGUACAAAAAAAAUACUUUCGACUCGAAAUGAAAACAAUGGAAAUGAAAACAAUCUGAUGGUCUUCGUGUAUUUAUUUAUUUACCCUAACAAAAUGCACCUUUCAUGAGUUAACAUAUUUUAGACGAAUAUAAGCGUUUCCAUCAUAUUUUCGCGAUUAAAUUUCCGCACAGGCUCCGUAGGCGAACUCUUUGAUAUAUGAUUUAUGUGGCCGAUGGCAAACCGCCCAGAAAACCAGAUUAAUUGAAGCUCUUUACUCAAGGAAUAUAAACUACUUUUCGACAAUCUGCAUGACAAGUACGUGCAAUUUAGUUUAGGGAAUACAAAAUACUUUUAUAAAUUAAAAGAAUCGAAAAGGAAAGAUAACGGUAUGCAUUCCUUAAAGGAAAAUUAUAAUUGUGUCACUUUUUAAAUAUUCCUGUAUAUCAUAGCACCUAACAAAAAUCAUUUUUAUGCAGAUUUUCAAAUGGAGAGACAUUAUCGUAUCCACCCUAAAAAAAAAAAAAAAAAAAAUGUGAUCAUUAGGCAAUCCCAUCUUACCGUAGAUCGAUAUACAUCUAAUAUACCGAUUAGAAAAUUUCACAGUAGUUUAAAAUUUCGAAAUUUUUGCAUAGAAUUUACCUUAAAUUAUGUAAAACUGAACUGGUGUUUAAGCUACAGCAUAAAGCAGCCCCUUUCCACUAUAGUGCAUUCAAAGUUACUUGAUUUCGGCCCAUUUAAAUUUCUUCUUUUUUUUUUUAUAACAAUAAGCCGUGACUUACAUACGAAAUCCAUUUACCACCUUUGUUUUUUCAUAAAAAAUCAUAAAUUAUAGUAAAUAUAUGUAAAUGUAUGCAUGAUUGUAAACAAAUGAUAAUCUGCGAUUGUAAUUAAUUCAGUAUAUCAUUACGCUGCGCAUAUUGAUAUAAUUCGCAUAACAAUUAAUAAUUAUU